GUCGAAACUUCACUAUUCCACAUUCAAUGCCCAAUUGAUUUGAAGUCGCAUAUAUAUUCAUAAAUAUAUACACAUAUAUACGGAGUAUAAAAUUUCGCAGUUGUUGAAAGGAAAAAGGGUUCAAAUCGUAACAUGCGUGGUGAUAUCAGACCAGAUCCAAAUCGCAUUCGGUAACUUCGUGGUUUUAGGGUUCGAGAUCUGGCAUUUUUUGAUUAGCGAAUUUCAAUUUCCAGAUUUCAGGUUUUUAGCCAAUAAUUUUCUGGCAAUUGGAGGUGUUAUUGUCAUUGUAGUUCUCAAAUUUUGGAAGGUGAAGUUGGAAAAUGCCUGUGAAAGCUGCGAAUUCGUCUUUCCGGGAUCGCACGCACGAGUUUCUCAGUGUAGCUGAGAGGUUGAAGAAGUCAUUUUCUUCUGCACAGAAUGGGCCGAGUAGUAGUAGUUCAAAAUCCGAGGAACAGCGUUCGGCAGUGGCGAUGCAGUCGGAGUUUAACAAGAGGGCUUCAAAAAUUGGGUUUGGGAUACAUCAGACGUCUCAGAAACUUGCAAAGCUGGCCAAGGUGGCAAAGAGGACCUCAGUUUUUGAUGACCCCACCAUGGAAAUCCAGGAUCUGACUGCAGUUAUCAAGCAGGAUAUUACUGCGCUUAACUCAGCUGUAGUUGACCUUCAGCUCCACAGCAACUCUCGAAAUGAAAGUGGGAAUAUCUCCAGUGACACCACCAUUCAUUCAACUACAGUUGUAGAUGACUUGAAAAAUCGGUUGAUGAGCACAACAAAGGAGUUCAAGGAAGUUCUAACAAUGCGGACAGAGAACUUGAAGGUUCAUGAGAACCGAAGACAACUGUUUUCUUCUACUGCUUCAAAGGAUUCCACAAAUCCUUUUGUUCGCCAGCGUCCAUUGGCUGCUAAGUCUGCUGCUGCUAGUACCUCAACCGCACCCCCUCCUCCCUGGGCUAAUGGCUCACAGUCUUCAUCCCAGUUAUUUCCUCGGAAGCAGAUGGACGGGGAGACUCAGCCAUUGCUGCAUCAGCAGCAGCAGCAGCAGCAGCAUCAACAGCAACAGCAGUUGGUUCCAUUACAAGACAGCUACAUGCAGAGCAGAGCUGAAGCUCUUCAAAAUGUGGAGUCUACAAUUCAUGAGCUGAGCAGCAUCUUCAAUCAGUUGGCGACCUUGGUUUCUCAGCAAGGAGAGAUUGCCAUCAGGAUUGAUGAGAACAUGGAGGACACGUUGGCAAAUGUGGAGGGAGCACAGGGGGCUCUGCUCAAGUACCUCAACAGCAUAUCGUCAAAUAGGUGGCUGAUGAUCAAGAUAUUCUUUGUAUUGAUUUUCUUCCUCAUGAUUUUCCUGUUUUUUGUGGCAUAGUAAAUGGAGAAGACACGGAACUGCUCAAAAAAAGUAUUUUCGGCCAUGUAUUUUUUUACAGGAGAUAGGCCUGUUAUAUUCUAUUCACAUUUUCUUUUUCAAAAUUUCCUGGUGAAUUUGUGCACAGUUUACCUUCUGUUAUAUGUGAGGCAUACUUGUAUUUGUUUGUAUAAUCUCGUAUAAACAUUGACAUUUUAUCCGUGUCUUGCAAGGGCCUAAAAAUGGUUUUUCUCUA